AUGUCCAACAGUAGCUCCCUCAACGAGUUCCUGCUCCUGGCAUUUGCCGAUACAUGGCAGUUGCAACUCUGGCACUUUGUGCUGUUCCUGGGCAUCUACCUGGCUGCUCUCCUGGGCAACCGCCUCAUCAUCACAGCCAUAGCCUGUGACCACCGUCUCCACAUCCCCAUGUACUUCUUCCUCCUCAAUCUCUCCAUCCUUGACCUUGGUUUCAUCUCCACCACUGUCCCCAAAUCCAUGGCCAAUUCCCUCUGGAACACCAGAGCCAUUUCCUAUUCAGGAUGUGCUGCCCAGAUCUUCUUCUUUAUCAUCUUCAUUUCAGCAGAGUAUUCUCUCCUCACUGUCAUGGCCUAUGAUCGCUAUGUUGCCAUAUGCAGACCCCUGCACUACAGGACCCUCAUGGACAGCAAAGCUUGUGUCAAAAAGGCAGCAGCUGCCUGGGCCAGUGGCUUUCUCUGUGCAGUGCUGCACACUGGAAACACAUUCUCAAUACAAUUCUGCCAAGGCACUGUCCUAGACCAGUUCUUCUGUGAAAUCCCCCAGAUCCUCAAGCUCUCCUCUGCAGACUCCUACCUCAGGGAAGUUGGGGCUCUUGUAGUUGGUGCCUGUUUAUUCUUUGGGUGUUUAGUUUUCAUUGUGCUAACUUACGUGCAGAUCUUCACUGCUGUGCUGAGGAUCCCCUCCGAGCAGGGCUGGCACAAAGCCUUUUCCAUGUGCCUCCCUCACCUGGCCGUGGUCUCUCUCUUUAUCUGCACCUCAUUUUUUGCCUACCUGAAGCCCCCCCAUUUUUCCUCCCCAACUCUGGAUCUAGUGGUGGCUGUUCUGUACUCAGUGGUGCCUCCAACACUGAACCCCCUCAUCUACAGCAUGAGGAACAAGGAGCUCAAGGACGCCCUGAGGAAACUCCUGUGGAACAGGUCCUCUGCUCCUCAGCACCAUCCCCACACUGCCACAGCAGCCAUUUCCUUGCCACAGCCUUCGAUUAGGGGGCUGCAGAUUUCCUGGAGAAUCAUUCACCAAGAGCAGCAAGACUUUCCCCUUUCAGAGCUGUUCUCCUAA